AUGCUGAGAGUCGGCAGCAGAUGGGACACGCCUACAAUACAACAAGGUUUAGUCAACGGAGACCCAGACAUGGACGCUAUUUUUAGAUUGUCUAGAAAACCCGAGUCAACAAUCCUUAACGUGACCUUUGACCCUCUAGCCCCGCCAGUGAUUUUACCCGAGGGUGUGUUCAGCCCCUUCAACUCCCAAAACACCCUGUUCCACCACGCCGCCUUCUGGGCUCUGUUUAUCCCGACCACAACCACAUUCCGUGUCUGCGACAUCUGGCGCGGCUACUGGGCCCAGAGGCUCAUGUGGGAGGUUGGAGGCAGGCUGGCAUUUUUCCCGGCCAACGCCUUCCAGGAACGAAACUCACAUUCGUACCUCGAGGACGCUGGGCAGGAGAAGGACAUGUACUUCCACACAGAAGAACUGCUGCUGUUUCUGAGGAACUGGUCCUGUGAGGAGAGUUUCUCUUUUUUUCAGUGUGUGCUCAAGUUGACCUCAGACAUGUCUGAACGUAACUUUUGGAAACACGAUGACGUCAAGAUGGUUAAACUUUGGUUGCAGGACCUACAGUCUAUUGGCUACCCCGAACCUACGCGUGUACAAUUUAGUCUGACUCUGUCAAAUGACGACCGUGGUUCGCCUUACAAAACAGAAGAGCGUAGUUUUUUCACUCAGCAUGCGGGAGAAAAUGAAUCCGCCUUAAAUAACGUUCUAUAUUCACCAUUAGAACAGCCUGCGCCAACAUUUAAUCUAGAUUCAACUAAUAAAAACAGGUUCAUAUUGAAAGUGGAUAAAAUCUUGUCAAUGUGCGAAGAUUUGAAGAAUAUUUCUCUGAAUAAAGCGUUUUUAGGCGAAACAAAAAACGCAUCAUUUUUCUCUGAUAUCCUGCUGAUCAUAGUUUUCAACUUUCCCCACUACAGCAAUGUCAAACAUCUCGACGCUAUCCACAGUCUUUUAUUUCCAUACAUCGUGUACUGUGGGGAUAACCAAACCAAGUUCCAACAGGAGUCGGGAGAUUUGGGCAGAACUUUAACUUUUAUCGAGGUCGCAGUUAACAGUGGCUACGAUGGCUACAUGUGUGCUGUCAAGGCUAUGGAGAUGGGGUACAAGGUCAAAGGUUAUUUAAUAGCUGGUGACGAUGUUCUCUUUAAACCAUGGUCCCUGUUGGAGUUAAACAAAUCCCAUGCCGGUGUAACGUUUAACCAAGUAGGUUUAUUGAAUAUAUCAGAACCACAAAGCUCUUGGUAUUGGUGGAAUAUGACCACAGGCAGAGAUUCUUAUUUAAAAUCUAUAGAAGAUUUGAAACAAUCAAACGUUCCUUCGAAUGUGAAGAGUUUCGUCGAGUUUCAAAGAACCACACUCACUCACACAAAGUCUAGUGCGUUCGCGGCAUGGGGAAUGAGCGAUUUUUAUUACAUCCCAACUGCCCUGAGAUCAUCUGCUGUUUGGUACUUCAGUAAACUCUACCAGCAUCACCUAUUUCUUGAAAUGGCGGUACCAUUCGUGAUGUGUGGGUUGGAAAGUAAAGAUAAAAUGUUCGAACUUGCAGGGCUCAGCGUGUGGGGCGAAGAAAGAAACAAGAUUGACAGCUUUUACCAAAAGAUUAAGUUAUAUAUGCACCCAGCGAAAUUAUCACAGACUAAUAUUGUUUCGGUAUAUUGCAAGGAUUAUUUUCCUGAAUUUUUUCAAAAAAUGUUUUCAAGCAAAUAAGACGUCAUUCUCGAUGGUAAAAAUGGUUACUGAAAAAGCAUUAUAUGAAAAAGGAAUUGUUUUUAAAAUAACUAAGCUGAGAAUUAUCUGAAAUUAUGUACUAAAUAA